AAGGUUCCCCAACCAUUAAAAAACACGUUGAUGGCAUUUGGCAUCCUCCAACCUUCUGACCGGAACCAACACCAGUUUCUCCUCUCCAAGUCAUCAUCUCACAAGCUAUAAAGGGAAAAAGAAACACAAAACCCCAUGAUACAAUACAGUGGCAGCACUAAACCCUUAAUCUGCAAUUGCACACCAAUUCCAAUCCCAUGUCUGCUGCGGAGAAAAAAAAAAUCGAGGUACCUUAAAAUUCAUCUCACUACAAUGCAAUCAUCAUCAUCCUCAUCUUCUGCAGACCUCGCUGCAACCCCUAAAAAGGUGAUAGUUUGUGGCGCCGACGUAAUAGGCGCAUGCACUGCCUACUUCCUAGCGCAGAAGGGCGCUCAGGUGACCGUGGUGGAAAAGUCGGCCCCCGCGUGUGCUGCCUCUGGCAAGGCUGGUGGCUUCUUAGCCCUCGACUGGUGCGACAGAGGCCCGCUUUCUGCCCUAGCCCGCCACAGCUUCCAUCUCCACGGUCACCUGGCGGAUCUUCUCAGCGGAACGACUGCUUACGCUUUCCGCCGUCUUGAAACCCUAGCCCUGACAAUCCAGGAGGCGGGGCUUCCCAAGCGAGGGGUGAAGCUGCCAGAGUGGGUUGACGGGCCUGCCACGCGUGCGUCUUCUAUUGGGACAACCCAGACGACAGCUCAGCUGCAUCCCUAUCUUUUCACCCGGAAGAUUCUAGAUACUGCUGUGGAGAAGUAUGGAGUAAAUGUGGCUAAGGGCGAGGUUAAGGAAGUGAGUUUAAGUGACGGUAAUGUUGCGACAGGGGUUGUGAUGGAUGAUGGAGAGGUUUUGCUGGGGGAGUGUGUGGUUUUGGCAAUGGGGCCCUGGUCCGCUAAGUUUUCGGUCAUAUCGGGGUUGUGCAGGAUAUCGGGGGUUAAGGCGCAUAGCAUUGUGGUCAGGCCACAGGUGCCCGAAGCCAUAGGACCGCACGCUUUGUUUUUGAGUUAUAAGACCACGGAGGGCGUGUCCAUGGAUCCCGAAGUGUACCCACGUCCAACAGGUGAGGUAUACAUCUGUGGCAUGUCAGAGGAGGUAGAAGUCCCAGACGACCCUCAGCAAAUUCAACCUCGGAAGGAGUCUAUAAGAAUGCUACAGAGGGUAGCUCAAACAGUCUCAAGUCAUUUAGGAAACGCGGAACUACAAGCAGAGCAGGCUUGUUUUUUGCCUUAUUGUGAGGAUGGCAGACCAGUUAUUGGUAAGAUUCCUGAUAUGGUUGGUGUUUAUGUAGCUACAGGCCAUAGCUGCUGGGGCAUUCUGAAUGCACCUGCUACUGGAGAAUCUUUGGCUGAACUUAUCAUCGAUGGACAAGCAAAAAGUGUAGAUUUAAAGCCCUUUGAUCCUGUUAGAUUCAAGCGAGCAUUCAAGAAGGUUUCGGUCUUUUAGCUCUAGCCUCUUAUACAAUUCUUCUGCACUCCAGCUCUCAACUUUCAAUGAUAUAGCGGUUGAUCUCCAAAUAAGGGCACUGCGUCUUCCUCUCAUGGAGCUCAAGCCACAAUAGCUAGCCACAAAUAUUCUUCCUGCGACCAACCCAAACGUACAUGUUGUACCUUUAAUAGUUUUGUAUAGUCUAUUUUUUAUUCAUUAAAAGGUAAAAAAUGUAUCUCUUGACUUAUUUACUGUACAGAAAUGAACAUUUUGAAUCACAGGUAAUUGUUGCUGGAUGAUGGAUCUUUGCCAAUUGUAGAAGGGUUAUAAUC